GCUACUUUGUGUUUGUUGACAAUUUAAGCGAGAGACAGAAGUCGGAAGCUUAAUUCAGAUUGCUGAAGAGGCAAUACAACACAUCUCCAACAUGUUUAAGUCCAUGAGUUUGUCCUCUGAAGGCUCCUUCGAAGAUGCGGACUCGGUCAGCUCCGACGAGCUGCUCGGCUCUCAGUCCCGCCGCUGGCUCAAUGACCUCAUGACCACGGACAUGCCCGUGGAGGACGGGCACGUCAACUCGGUCGGCGUGGACGGACUGUUCGUGGACUAUCACUUUCCCCGCGGAGAGCUGGAGAUGAAGUCAGGGGUGGAGUGGAAACGACCAAAGGAGCUCUGCACAUCACCUCAGUUCAUAGUAGAUGGAGCUUCUCAUCUGGAUGUCCGCCAGGGAAACCUCAAUGACUGCUGGUUGCUUUCUGCCAUCGCGUCCCUCUCCCUGCAUCGCUUUCUGCUCGAGAAGGUCAUGCCUCUUGGACAGGGCUUCCAGAAAGGAUACAACGGCUGCUUCGUGUUCAGGUUCUGGCAGUAUGGUCAGUGGGAGGAGGUGAGGAUAGACGACUUGUUGCCAACUUGGAACAACAAACUGAUCUAUCUCAGCUCCCCGGAAAGACAUGAGUUCUGGAGCUCCCUGCUGGAGAAGGCCUACGCCAAGGUGAAAGGUGGCUACAGAGCUCUGGACAUGGGCUAUCCUCAUGAAGCCAUGGUUGAUAUGACGGGUGGGGUGACUGAGGUUUAUAGUGUUGGCACAAAGAGAAACCUGCCGUCCUUCCUCAGACACCAGCUGGCUAAAGGAGCACUCAUCAACUGUGCCAACUGCCAGGGUUCUUUGGAAAAAAAGAAUGAACUGGGGAUCAUGUACAAACACGCCUACUCUCUGACUGCAAUAGAGAAGGUGAAGACGGCAAACGGCACCCAGGAACUGAUCCGAAUCCUAAAUCCCUGGGGCGACACUGAGUGGGAGGGGCCCUGGAGUGACUUGAAAGGUCCAGAGUGGAACACAGUGAGCAUCGAGGAGCAAAAAAGACUGGGUGUAGUCAGACGGGAGGAUGGAGAGUUCUGGAUGUCGGUGUCAGACUUCCGACAGCACUUUGAGUUGAUGGAGGUGUGUCACCUGACUGACGGUCUCAGUGAUCAGGGGUCCAGAGUGCUGCCGUGGUGCUGCACAAUGCAUCAUGGGAACUGGGUGCCGCGCAUCUCAGCAGGGGGUCCUCACUCAGGGCGUUUGUUCUGGCAGAACCCUCAGUUCUACUUCACCCUGUCGGAGGUGGACAGUGACGCAGACGAGUCUCAGAAGACCUGCUCCUUUAUUUUGGCUCUGUUGCAGAAACACCAGAGACUCAGGGGCGUUGACCUGUCUAUAGCCAUGGAUAUAUACCCGGCCAAUCCUAAUACAACAUACCUGUCACCUGAGGACUUGAGUAUGCUCCAACCAGUCCUCUGCACCUCCCAAUACUCCUCACGUCGGGAGGUCGUCCUUCGCGGCUCCCUUCCACCAGGCCACUACAUCAUCAUCCCUUCAACCUGCAAGGCCAAUCAGCAGGGAGCAUUUCUCCUGCGGGUGCUGACAGAGCCGGGUAACACUGCCAUUCCAGCCAGCAAACCAUCGCCACAUGACAUCUCUUCAGGAAAAGAGCUUACAUACCCUCACCGGGCUGCUCUUCCUUCACUUGCAACCAUCAGACAUCUGUUCAAGAAGCACUGCAACAAGAAAAACCAUUGCAAACCACUGCACCUCCACAACCUGCUGACUGAGGCCUUACAGGGAGGAGUGUUGGCCGGCAGUGAGAAGUACUUGGCUCUGGAGCACUGCAAGAGCCUGGUGGUCCUCAUGGAUAAUACCGGCAAUGCUCGGCUGAACUGGGAUGAGUUCCAGAGUCUGUGGGACAAGAUCAGGAGGUGGACGGAUAUCUUCCUGGUGUAUGACAAAAACAAAACAAACCACCUUGAGUAUAAAGAGGUCGCCCCCGCUCUGAACGCAGCAGGCAUUAUAGUGGAUGAUUUGGUAAUGCAGCUGGUCGGACUGAGAUACACGGAGCUGGACAUGACCAUCAGCUACCCCGGCUUCCUGUACCUGCUGAUGAAACUGGAGAGCAUGAUCCAAGUAUUUCAAGCAUACGACAUGGCGGGUAUGGGACGAAUAACUCUCGACUACAAACGGUGGCUCCACAUAACCAUGUACAGCUGACCUGGUCCACUCUGAUGGAUUCUUCAGGAUUUGCUUCGUUAAGUCUUUUUGUGUUCAUUUCUGUUUUUGCAUGACUGUAAUUUGUUUGUUUUUCCCACAUGUAUUAAAGUAGAUGUAGCUACUGUACAGUUCAAUUCUAGAAAUAUUUAGCAAAGUAACACUUCCCUUUUUUAUUUCCUCUUGUAUGUUGUCAUCAUCAGUGUUGUGGAGUGGUGAACUACAUUAAUUAAACUGAUAGCAUGAUAGCAUAGUGAUUCAAGUGGUUAAAUGACUUUUUAGCCAUUUUAAGUGUACUGACACUAUAAACAUUUUUCAUGGAGCUUUGAAAGGGACAUGGAGUUGAAAAAAAAAUAAGAUGUACUUUAUGAGAUCAUGCAGAACAUCUGCUGACUUUCCUUGCACUUCCCCAUGAAUAGUGGGGGUAUUGGGGUAUUUUAUUUAUUCAUUUUUUUUGGUUCAUAUACAACCUGUGAACAAGCAGGCACUUGUUGCAACAAACUCAAUUGAGAGGUAUUUUGUGGCAUGUGACUUCUUUGUAUUAGGCCCCAAAUUUUGUUUUAAUUUGGUAUCACGUGUACAUUGUCAAUUAGAUCAUUUUUUACCAAAUAGUUAAAACUACUUUUUCGAAGUGGCUUUAGUAAACCAAACUAGAUUUCUCCCCGGGGUAGUGGUGCUGUAGUUCAACUUCUUCCAGAGUGAAGUCAAACAGUAGCAAUGGAAACAUCUUCAAGAACUCUUGUCAGUCAUGGAAACAUUUGGGGUCAAAGGUCCGAGCAAGAUUUGCUGCUAUGUUACUGACACUUUAACAAAGGUCACCUAAAUGAUUUAAUGAAUUAAACUUUAAGAUGUUGCCUCACUCUGCUCCCCUUC